AUGCAAGAUGUUGAUGAUUUGGUCAACGGUUGUGCAUGGCAACAAAUGUUAGAAAUGCAUGUUCCAUUUUUAUGCAAAUUUGAUUUUCAAAUGUUAAUUAUGAAAAGAUAUCCAAAAUUAGAUUUAGACAUGGUCGAAAAUUCAUCUGAAUAUUUUAUCCGAAAGUAUUCUAAUUGGCACAUGAUUAUUGAUCGAUGGACAUCUGAUGUCAAAAUUCCACUCAACUCUCGUCAAACAAAUGAGAAUGAGAAUGAUGAUUCACAACAAUGUGUUACUUAUCUUUCACAUUUUGUGUAUUCACAUAAUGUAACUCAAAUCGAAUUUCGGUCAAAUGUUGAUAUAUCUCGAUGGAAAGAUAUUCAAUGUAUUCUAUAGGCUUGUCCAAAAAUGAUUAAUCUUAUAAUUGGUACUCUAUAUUUGGCUUUAUCAGAAUUCAUCGAUAAUCAAUCUCUUAUUUCAAUCUUCAAACAAAUUAAAAUGCUCAAAUCAAUAACAAAAAAUGAUUAUUUUUCCUCAAAUUUUGCAUCAAAACUUGCUCGACGUUUUCCAUCACUUACUGAUAUUGACCUUCAAAUGUUUUCAUUCGAUGAUUGUGUCUCUGCUAUUAAUAUAUUACUUAGUCAUCUAAAAACCUGGUCUUAUCUUAAAAUUUAUUAUAGUCAAGUUUCAUUACUCGAUCAUUCCUUUUCACAUAAUUAUAUUAUUGAUAAAUGUUGUGAAGCAUUUGGUUUUAAUAUUAUCGAUGAACAUAAGGUUACAGUUAGAAGGAAUGGAAAAUCUGUAGAAAUUAGAUUAUCAUGA